GCCGCGGGGACCCAUUAGGACGACGCACACCAGCCUCCGCGUGCCGUUUGCUUGGAGCAGGAGAGGCGGAUGUGGACGUUCUGUCGACUUCUUCCUUCACCGUGAGCGGGAUGGACGUGCUGGCGGAGGAGUUCGGGAGCCUGACCCCGGAGCAGCUGGCGGCGCCGAUCCCGACGGUUGAGGAAAAAUGGAGGCUGCUUCCAGCAUUUUUAAAGGUGAAAGGCCUCGUGAAGCAGCAUAUAGACUCUUUCAACUACUUCAUUAAUGUCGAGAUAAAGAAGAUAAUGAAAGCCAAUGAGAAGGUUACGAGCGACGCUGACCCCAUGUGGUACUUAAAAUAUCUUAAUAUCUACGUUGGCCUUCCCGAUGUUGAAGAAAGUUUCAAUGUAACGAGACCAGUGUCCCCUCAUGAGUGCCGUUUGAGAGACAUGACGUACUCUGCCCCCAUCUCAGUGGACAUUGAGUACACCCGCGGCAGCCAGAGGAUAAUCCGCAACGCCUUACCCAUUGGCAGAAUGCCCAUCAUGCUACGAAGUUCAAACUGUGUUCUGACAGGGAAAACUCCGGCAGAGUUUGCCAAAUUGAACGAAUGCCCAUUAGACCCAGGUGGCUACUUCAUUGUUAAAGGAGUCGAGAAAGUUAUUCUUAUUCAAGAGCAGCUUUCCAAGAACAGGAUCAUUGUGGAGGCGGAUAGGAAAGGGGCCGUUGGAGCUUCAGUUACCAGCUCCACCCACGAGAAGAAGAGCAGAACCAACAUGGCUGUGAAGCAAGGGCGGUUUUAUCUGAGGCACAACACCUUGUCUGAAGACAUACCCAUCGUCAUCAUAUUCAAGGCCAUGGGUGUCGAGAGUGACCAGGAAAUUGUGCAGAUGAUUGGGACAGAGGAGCACGUGAUGGCUGCAUUUGGGCCCAGCUUGGAGGAGUGCCAGAAAGCUCAGAUUUUCACACAGAUGCAGGCACUAAAAUAUAUAGGGAAUAAAGUAAGAAGACAAAGAAUGUGGGGAGGUGGACCAAAGAAGACAAAAAUAGAAGAAGCAAGAGAACUCCUGGCUUCUACCAUUCUGACCCAUGUACCAGUGAAGGAGUUCAAUUUCCGAGCUAAGUGCAUCUACACAGCAGUGAUGGUGCGAAGGGUGAUUCUGGCCCAAGGAGACAACAAAGUCGACGACAGAGACUAUUACGGCAACAAGCGGCUGGAGUUGGCGGGACAGCUCUUGUCUCUUCUUUUUGAAGAUUUGUUCAAAAAAUUUAAUUCGGAAAUGAAAAAGAUUGCAGACCAAGUGAUUCCUAAACAAAGAGCAGCCCAGUUUGAUGUCGUGAAACACAUGCGUCAAGACCAGAUCACCAAUGGCAUGGUGAACGCCAUUUCCACCGGAAACUGGUCUCUAAAGAGAUUUAAAAUGGACCGCCAGGGCGUGACCCAGGUGCUGUCUCGUUUGUCAUAUAUUUCUGCUCUUGGCAUGAUGACAAGAAUCUCCUCCCAGUUUGAGAAAACAAGAAAAGUGAGUGGUCCUCGUUCUCUCCAGCCGUCUCAGUGGGGGAUGCUCUGUCCCUCUGACACACCUGAAGGAGAGGCCUGUGGUUUGGUUAAAAACUUGGCCCUUAUGACACAUAUUACAACUGACAUGGAAGACGGACCCAUUAUUAAGUUGGCUGGUAACUUGGGAGUAGAAGAUGUGAAUCUACUCUGUGGAGAAGAGCUCUCCUACCCCAAUGUGUUUCUCGUCUUCCUGAAUGGCAACAUCCUAGGUGUCAUCCGAGACCACAAAAAGCUUGUCAGUACAUUUCGGCUGAUGCGAAGAGCAGGAUAUAUCAAUGAGUUUGUCUCUAUCUCCACAAAUCUUACAGAUCGAUGUGUUUAUAUCUCCUCUGAUGGAGGACGGUUGUGCAGGCCGUACAUAAUUGUUAAGAAGCAAAAGCCAGCAGUCACAAAUAAGCAUAUGGAAGAGUUGGCUCAAGGUUACAGGAACUUUGAAGAUUUCUUACACGAGAGUCUAGUUGAGUACUUAGAUGUCAAUGAAGAAAAUGACUGUAGCAUUGCACUCUACGAGCGUACGAUUGCUAAAGACACCACCCACUUGGAGAUUGAACCCUUCACUCUUCUCGGUGUUUGUGCUGGCCUCAUCCCAUACCCUCACCAUAACCAGUCUCCCAGGAAUACCUACCAGUGCGCUAUGGGCAAGCAAGCCAUGGGUACCAUCGGCUACAACCAGCGGAACAGAAUCGAUACGCUUAUGUAUCUACUAGCAUAUCCACAAAAACCCAUGGUUAAAACAAAAACCAUUGAGUUGAUAGAUUUUGAGAAAUUGCCAGCAGGACAGAAUGCAACCGUUGCCGUGAUGAGUUACAGCGGCUACGACAUUGAAGACGCUCUCGUGCUGAACAAGGCCUCGCUCGACAGGGGUUUUGGGCGUUGCCUGGUGUAUAAAAAUGCGAAGUGCACAUUGAAACGAUACACCAAUCAGACUUUUGAUAAAGUGAUGGGUCCCAUGUUGGAUGCUGCUACCAGAAAACCCAUCUGGCGACAUGAAAUUUUAGAUGCAGAUGGCAUUUGUUCUCCAGGUGAGAAAGUGGAAAACAAGCAAGUGCUUGUGAAUAAGUCCAUGCCCACAGUGACUCAGAUCCCUCUGGAGGGAAGUAAUGUGCCGCAGCAGCCACAGUACAAAGAUGUGCCCAUCACGUACAAAGGUGCGACAGACUCCUACAUUGAGAAAGUGAUGAUCUCUUCCAACGCGGAGGAUGCUUUCCUCAUCAAGAUGCUCCUAAGGCAGACGCGGCGUCCGGAGAUCGGGGACAAGUUCAGCAGUCGUCAUGGACAGAAAGGUGUUUGUGGCCUGAUCGUCCCCCAGGAAGACAUGCCAUUCUGUGAUUCUGGUAUCUGUCCCGACAUCAUAAUGAACCCGCACGGCUUCCCAUCGAGAAUGACGGUGGGAAAGUUAAUCGAGCUGCUGGCUGGCAAGGCAGGUGUGUUAGACGGCAGGUUCCACUACGGCACGGCCUUCGGAGGGAGUAAAGUCAAGGAUGUGUGUGAAGACCUCGUGCGUCAUGGCUAUAACUACCUGGGGAAGGACUACGUCACCUCAGGCAUCACAGGCGAGCCCUUAGAAGCAUACAUCUAUUUUGGACCUGUGUACUAUCAGAAACUGAAACACAUGGUGCUGGAUAAAAUGCAUGCCCGGGCCCGAGGACCGCGAGCCGUUCUUACCAGGCAGCCCACUGAAGGGCGAUCCCGCGAUGGCGGCUUGCGUCUUGGAGAAAUGGAACGUGACUGUUUAAUCGGCUACGGAGCGAGUAUGCUUCUGCUGGAGAGGCUGAUGAUCUCAAGCGAUGCCUUUGAGGUUGACGUCUGUGGGCAGUGUGGGCUCCUGGGGUACUCCGGCUGGUGCCACUACUGCAAGUCAUCGUGCCACGUGUCCUCCCUCCGCAUCCCGUAUGCCUGCAAGCUGCUCUUCCAGGAGCUGCAGUCCAUGAACAUCAUCCCCAGGUUGAAGCUGGCCAAGUACAACGAGUAAAGAUGGUGGGGUGACCGCACGAAGCGGAGGAUUCCAAAUGACGUCUGUGUGUGACCGUUCUGCCUCAGGACAAACUGAGAGGAGAAGGAGCAGCCUUCUGAGUGCCAGAAGCCUGGCUGGACAAACUUGACCAAGAGCUUCCAGUCAGGGGAGAUGCCGGCCCCACAGCGUUGUGCUGAGUCACAGGGGCACAAGCUAGAGAGACUGUGAACUACUGUUAAUUUUUUUUUACUUUGAGUUAGACUCUUGCGCUGUAGCCCAGGCUGGGUUUGAAUUCACCUCGGUCCUCCUGCCUCCAUUUCUCACAAGUGCUGGACUUACGGGUAUGAGCUUAUUUAUGUUAUUAUGUUUUUAAAUGCACUGAAUAGAAAACCUUCCUCCUCAAAA